UGGAGCGACGCGCAGCAACACUUCCUGGUUUGAAGAAAGCGGUGAUGUGAUGGAGUGAUGCUUCUUUUAAGACAGAAAGAAGAGCUGGGGCAGUUUUAGAUAAAGUGUUUCAGUUUAUCAUUUUGUUUAGGCAGACAGGGUGAGAGAAAACGAUGGGCUUACUGACCAUAUUAAAGAAGCUGAAACAUAAGGAGCGGGAGAUGCGUUUACUGAUGCUUGGACUGGACAAUGCUGGGAAAACCACCAUACUGAAGAAAUUUAAUGGCGAGGAUGUGAGCACCAUUUCUCCCACAUUAGGAUUCAACAUAAAGACACUGGAACACAGAGGGUUCAAGUUGAACAUCUGGGACGUGGGGGGUCAGAAGUCUCUUCGUUCGUACUGGAGGAAUUAUUUCGAGAGCACAGAUGGGCUGGUGUGGGUGGUGGAUAGUGCAGACAGACUGAGACUGGAGGACUGCAGGAAGGAACUCGGUGCUCUUUUACUGGAGGAGAGACUAGCAGGAGCCACUCUCCUAGUGUUUGCCAACAAACAGGAUUUGCCUGGUGCAUUGUCCAGGGAUGCCAUCAGAGAGGCACUAGCUCUGGAUGAGAUUAAGACGCAUCACUGGUGUAUAGUGGGCUGCAGUGCCAUGACCGGAGAGAACCUCCUGACAGGUGUAGACUGGCUCCUGGAUGAUAUCGCUGCUCGGAUUUUUACAGCAGACUGAGAAAAACAGCCUUGUGUUUUACAAUUCACUGUUGAUAGAACUGUAGGAAGAGCAUCUUUAUUCUUUGGUUAGAACCCUGAGGAGGCAUCAUAACUAAUGCAUAAGUCUACGUGAUUGAAGGUUUUUUUUCCCUCCCCCUCCUUUCAGAUGAAUAACACUCUGCCUUUAUCAAGGUCUGCAUUUUAACCUUAUGUUGCUAACCUAUGGAGAAAAUGGUUUAAAUGAUGUCCUGUGAAUAAGUUGAGAAAUACAUUCAGUAUUACAGCUGUGAAGGCCCAAACCUCAACAGAUGGACACUGUUUGUAAAAGGUGACUUUACGUGUUUAUUAAAUUGCUUUCGCAGUAUG